AUGUCAUCUCACAAGAAGCGGAGGAUUGAUGGUGUUGAGACACCCAAGCCUAUGAGUGCUAUAAGUGCUCUCGCCGCUCGCCGUCGUGAAGCAGCCUCAACUCCUCCAGCUACACAGAAAACCCCAGAGGCCAACGACGAUAAGCCAAUCGUCACCACCACCAACUAUUUCAGUCCUCUUCAGAGAAGCGACAGCCAAAAUGGAUCUUCGUCAACUCCUAAAAAGAGUGUUUCGAAACCCUCGCGCCAACAACGAGUCACUGAGUCGCCUGCUACUCAUCCCAAAGCCACUGCGCUGGCAAGCAAUACGCCAGGCACUGCAACCCCCGAAUCUACCGGCUCUCCUCAACGAGUGAUUCAGUACUCGUCCUUUCGUCUUUCUAAACAGAACCACCGGACCAAGUCUGGGGGCGUCACAGAGCUGCGGCUUCCUAACAGCGAGCGGUUUAUGGCGAUUGGGAGCUUCGGGGUCCGCGUUGUUCAAGGUGAAGUGACCUUGGCUGGUGCCACCCUGCGUCCUUCAGAGACAAUCGAAUGGGUUCACGCCCCUCAUUGCCAUGCGAUCCCGGUGCUGAGAACUGUGGAGAAUACGAGGUUGGAGCUUCAUCCAGAUCCAAAUGCGCGAGGCCUACGCCAACUUGGUCGCAUCUCUCCUCUGUUCAGGAGAAUGUGGAACGAACCCCCCGAGACAGAUCAGGGGAAGAAGAGUUCAAGAGAAGCCACUUUCCAGAUUAUAUGUACCUCGGAAGAUGCACCUAAGAAGUGUAUACUCCAGGAUCUGGUCUCCCCUCCCGCAUGGAACAAGAAGCUAGCUUCUUUGCUAUCAACAAGUCGCAAAAAGCCGUCUCUGUCAACGCUGGUAUGCGGUCCAAAGUCGUCAGGGAAAUCCACAUUUUCUCGACUCUUUGUUAAUCGACUGGUAACCGACCGGCCCCCAAGUCAUGCUCCGAAGAGGGUUGUGGUUCUCGACCUGGACCCAGGGCAACCGGAAUAUGCACCAGCAGGGACCCUGUCACUUGUUGUAGUUACGAGGCCGAACUUGGGUACACCUUUCACGCAUCCUGGUGCCAAUACUUCCGCUUUUAAUAUUCGACGCUGUCAUUCUAUGGCCUCUGUCACCCCUGCUUCCGACCCAGACCUUUACUUGGCAUGUGCCAUGGACUUAUUCGAUACCUACCGCAAGGACUUGGCCGACCUGCCGCUCAUCAUCAAUACUCCUGGAUGGAUUCUGGGAACGGGAUUAGAUCUACUAUCAGACCUGAUCGAAAGAACGAACCCAGAGGAAGUGUUAUAUAUGUCAGAGGAAGGCCCUUCGGAGACAGUUGACGCCUUACGGGCUGCCACCAAGACAGCAUUCACAGAACUUCCGUCACAGCAGUCUGAGUUCACUUCUAGAACGGCCGCACAUUUGCGAGCGAUGCAGACCAUGUCGUAUUUCCAUCUCCAAGAAGUGGCUACAAGCUCACCUGAAGGAUCAAAACCAACCACAUCAACAAAAUGGAACCCGUUGCCUCUCUCUUGCAAGCCCCCUUUGCUUGUUAAGUAUUCAACACCAACGCGCGGAAUCCUAGGCUUUCUAUCCUAUGACUACCAAUGUCCCCCGGAACUGUUGGCAGAUACAGUGAAUGGCUUGGUAUUGGCGGCGGUGGAAAUUGAAGAUGCCAAGGCUUUCUCUGGAUUCGCGUCAGAAAGCUCAUCAGAAGAGGUCAGCUCCAGUAACAUGGAAGUUGACGUCGGUGGCCCUAUGCCGCUCAUCUCCACGACCCCCGAAGCCCUCCCGUUUAUACCCAACUACAACGAUGCGGCGUUGGAUCCCCGACACUCUCGGACCAUCGGACUAGUUCUCCUACGGGGUAUUGAUACUAAUUCAAACACCCUUCAACUGAUCACUCCUAUUCCUCUACAGGAGUUCAAGCGUGCCAGGUCACAAGGAAGGCAAAUAAUCCUGCUUCACGGUAAAUUCGAUGCCCCAAGCUGGGCAUACACCGAAGACCUCUACGAGAAAGCGGGCACGGAUGAGGGAAGUAAUGAUGUGCUUGAAGUCACAGAUGAAGACACAGAAGACGACAACUCGGAUGCUGAGCCGGAAGAGGCAGCGAAAGUCAGUGACUUGACAGAAGUUCCCUGGGUGGAGAUUCUGAAAGGGAGCGAUAAACGGCCUGUUGGGUCUCGAGUAUGGAGGGUAAGAAGGGACCUUGGUCGCAACAACACUGGAGACUAG